AUGAUCAUCUUCAUUCUUUUCGUUAUCACAACAUCCACCUUCUUACUCACCUGGUACACCCAUUCUCAUUCCCAAUCCCAUUCCCAUUCCCAUUCUCGACCCCCACUUCCACCUGGUCCUAAACCAUUGCCGUACGUCGGGAGCUUCAUCACCAUGCUUCAGAAUAAGCCGGUAUUCAGAUGGGUAUGCAAGAUGAUGGACGAAAUGGACACCAACAUCCUAUGCAUUCGCCUCGGAAACACCCAUGUUAUAGUUGUCAGCGAUCCAAAGAUUGCUUGCCAGUUCUUGAAGGACAAAGAUGAGAUCUUCUCAUCAAGGCCCGAUUGCAUGUCGAGUUAUCUGACGAGCGAUGGUUAUACGACCACCGUUCUUGUUCCAUCGAGUGACCACUGGAAGAAAAUGAGGAAAAUCCUAAGCGUCGAGGUUCUUUCAUCUACCAGGCACAAGUGGUUGAAAAGCAAGCGAGACGAAGAAGCCGAUAAUUUGCUUAGGUACAUUUACGAUCGGUGUCUUAUCAAUUUUACGGUCACCGGAGGGAUUAUGAACGUGAGGACUAUCGUGCAACAAUACUCGAGCAACGUCACAAGGAAGAUCAUAUUCGGAAGUAGAUACUUCGGCAAAGGGAGUGUUGAUGGUGGACCUGGCGAAGAAGAAAUCGAGCAUGUCGACUCACUUUUGAUCAUUCUGUCUUACGUUUACUCAUUCUGCGUGACAGAUUACUUCCCGUUCUUGCGAUGGAUAACCGAUUUUGAUGAGCAUGAGAAGAUCAUGAGGAACGCUAUUCGCACCGCAAGAAAACAUCAAGAUCGUUUGAUCGAUGAAAGGAUUCAACAAUGGAAAGAUGGUAUCAUAACCAAAGAAGACGACUUGCUUGAUGUUUUCAUCAACCUCAGAAACCCUAUUUUAACCGCAGAUCAAAUCAAAGCCCAAAUCCUUGAACUCAUAUUAGCAGCAUUUGAUAAUCCAUCGAAUUGUAUAGAAUGGGCAAUGGCAGAAAUGAUGAACCAACCGAGGAUUCUCGAUCGAGCGAUCCACGAGCUCGAUUCCGUGAUCGGAAAAGACAGGUUGGUGCAAGAAUCUGAUCUGGCUAACCUUAAUUACAUCAAAGCAUGCGUGAAGGAAGGUUUCAGGCUACACCCUGUUGCACCAUUCAACCUUCCUCACAUGGCGAUGGUCAGCACCAGUGUGGCCGGAUACUUCAUACCGAAGGGUAGUCAUGUGCUGUUGAGUCGGGUCGGACUCGGUCGGAACCCGGAAGUCUGGGAUGACCCUCUAACYUUCRAACCAGAACGUCACAURGAUGGUGAYAACGAAGUGGURCUCACMGACUACAACCUUSAMAUGUUGUCRUUUAGYWSYGGACGACGUGGGUGYCCAGGRGUGUUGUUYGGCUCGACCAUGACMGUAAUGUUGYUGGCUAGGYURGUCCAAGGGUUCACCUGGGAGUUGCCACCCAAUGAACCACAUGCUGAUCUGAAUGAGAACCUUCAAGAUUUAUGGAAGGCUGAACCAUUGUUAGCCCUUGUGAAGCCUCGUCUACCUCACCAUCUAUACCCCACAUGUUGAAAAUGGUUUUUAUACGAACUAACUACGAACCGUUCGGUGGGAAGUUUGUUUAUUUAAUAAGCGGAGAAACGUGAAAAACGUUGUGGUUCGUUUAGUUAAACGAAUAAUAGUCUCGUUAGGUCAGUUACGUCGCAGAACGUUUGCUUAUAUUCGCUUAUUUAUGUUUUGUUUAUGUAUGACGUUGAUAUCUGAUAUUUUUUACGAGAAAUAUUGAUGAUUGUUCUUU